UAUGCACCUCAUUGACUCCCUCAGCGACUCCUUAGCAUUCACUGCAUACAAAGAUGAGCAACUCGAAACAUAGGAAACAAAGAAAAAGAAGCGCCGGCAGCAGCAAAACCAGCAAAGUACCUCAAGCCCCUCUACUUUUCUCCAACUUCGGCAAGAAACCACUAGACUUGGUAGAAGCAGGCUACAGUAAGGAUCAUAAAUUUAGCAUCUCCACAUGUAGUACUACAGGGGCGAAACUUACUUCACGUGCUGUCAAACGCGGACAGCUCUCAACUGCAAGUGUUGCAGCACAAUACAAAUACAAGGAUGCUACCAUUAAUGUCAUAGUUGAUUCAAAAUCACCAAUUUCAACAACUCUAACAUUAAGCAGAAAGUUCCUUCCAUCCCUGAAUAUUUCUGCUUCAUUGAAAUUGCCAAAAUACGAUUAUAGCACGAUUUCAACAACUCUAACAUUAAGCAGAAAGUUCCUUCCAUCCCUGAAUACUUCUGCUUCACUGAAAUUGCCAAAAUACGAUUCCAGCAAGCUACAAGCUCAAUACUUCCACAAAUAUGCUGCUUUAGCCACGUCUUUUUCUUUGCACCACACCCCUAAAAUUCAGCUUUCUGCAUCUGUGGGUACUUCAAGCCUUGCAUUUGGUAUACAGACAAAGUAUGAGAUUGCUUCUAGGCAAUUUCGUGAGAUUGAUGCAGGCUUUAGCAUGACCAAGCCGAAUUAUGAUGCGUCAAUUACUAUGGGAAACAAGGGUGACUUCCUAAGGGCAUCAUACAUCCAUUACUUCGAUCACAAGAAAAAGGUUGCAGCUGCGGCAGUGAUCUCUCAUAGGUUUUCGAAAAAGGAGAAUGCUUUGACAGUUGGAGGAUCAUGGAUUGUGGACAAUAUAACUACAGUUAAGGCAAGGGUUGAUGAUCGUGGAAAGAUUAUGAUGCUUCUGCAAUAUGGAAUCAAAUCAAAGUCAUGCUUAACAAUUGCUAGUGAAUUUGACACCAAAUCCCUUAACAAGAUUCCUGGAAUUGGAUUAGCCUUUUCUCUUGUGCUCUGAAUGGUUCCCAAAAUUGAUACAACUAUGAUCCAUCGUUACCUUCUCAUGGUUCUCUGUAAGAAUGAACUAAAGAUAUACUGUUUUUAUCACUUAAUCACCCCAUUCAAAACAUACUUAAUUGCUGAUUAGUUCCACCGAUCAUGUAUCCACAUACAGAAUCACUUCAGCUGUCAGUCUGAACUAUGAAGUAUCUUUUUUUUGUGUC